AUGCGCUUCUGGUGGCCGGACUGGCACUCCGAGCGCUCGCCGUCCAGCGACAGCGAGUGCUCGACGGACGACCACUCCAGUCUCGCCAGCGACGGGUCGUUCUACGACGCGUCGUCUGAUGCGGAGACUGGGGUGGAUUUUGACCAAUCGCCGUCCUCCAUCCUCGAUGACACGCAACUCGUCAUCGGGGAUAGGACGGCUGUAAAUCUGAUGCGCCCGUUCCCGGAACGUUCCGCAGUCCCUUUCCCACUUGAAGUGGGACCAUACGGGAUGGGACGAGCCGACGUGGGACAGGCGCAUCCAGGGAUUUUUGGCGCCCCCGUUUUCGGCCCCGCCGAUGGCGAAAAUGGGCCGCGGACGCCGCCACGCGCGACACCGCCCCCCGCGGCGGUGACGGCGGAGUUGAACGCCGCCACUUCGGGCACGUGUUCGGAACACGCCUCGCCCUUGGCCCUGCAAAUGCCUGCGCGCGGCGACGUCUCUGGCGCGCGCGCGAAAGCCCGGUCUCCGGUCCCGACAUUGGGUACCGUCGAAGACCGGGGAGAGGCCCGGCGACACCCCGUUGGUACCGGUGAAGGUACCUUCGGCCCUAUACUUGGCUUAAGUAUAGGAGUCGCCGUGGCUUCUCGAAACGCGCAACAACACGCGCGGAUGGCCACGGAUCAAGAUGGCGCAGCGUGCGUCGGCCCGUUCGGGGCCUCAAGCACACCGCUCGCCGCCUCCUCCGCGCGCCGUUUGGCUUCCCCCGCCUCGCCGGACGCUCCCGCCGCUGCCGUGGCCUCGCAGGAUGAAGAUGCGAUUGUUGGCAUACCCGGCAGGGCGGGCGUUACGCUGCCCGACCGGGUAUCGCCGACACACGGACAAGGACUGCAGAGCGACGGCUCCCCGGGCGCAAGCAUGCGGCGCCCGGGUACCAAGACGUGCACCAAGGGCAUCUACACGUUACGGAGUGCCCUCCCAGACGUGGGAGCGGCCCACGACACUACGAUUGAUGCUGCUGGGCCCGGCAGGGCGGCAAGCAUGCUGCCCGACCGGGUCCAGCAUGGACAUCUACAGAGCAUCGGCUCCCCGGGUGCCCACAGGCACCCCACGGGUCCAGACGCGUGCGCGACGGGUCCCCCCGCCCUCCCGCUCGCUCCGGAAGCCCCCGCCGCCGCUCGAGACCCCGCGAUUGUUGCUCCUCCACCCGGCAGAGCGGCACGCAUGCUGCCUGACCGGGUGCAGCUCGGGUCCGCGCUCGUAGCCGCAACGGCUCGCGCAAUGGGAGCCUUCCAAGGCCCCAGCGACCCAGAGGAUAGCGAAAGCAGCGACGGCGGGCCCCCCGACGACGACACUGCCUCCUCGAUGGACGACGACGCUGCCACCUCCUCAAAUGAUGACGACCGGCUCGAGCAUGUAGCUACGGAGCUGCCUUCCCGAGCUGGAUACACUGCAGUGGCCACGGCCCUUCCUAUGGGGAUGCACGACGCCUCUCACGAGGCCGUGUCCACUGCAGCAUCCGUAUAUGUCCCAUGUUUACAGGUUUGUGACGACCAGCUCGGCGGGCAGGCACCCAUGCAGCCCGACCGAGCUGGGUAUGCCUCUUCGCUGCCACACGGCAGCGCGACGCUUGAUUUCGAUGCACAAUUUUUGCAAGACGAAGAGAGCAAGCGUGGCGAGGACGACGGUCGCCAAGGGCCGCUGCCAAGCUGCAGCACAGCCUGCAACCGGUCAACAGGACCCUGUGCUGGCUGUGUACGCACCGCUGGCCUGUCACCGACGAACCGCCCACCGUGGCACCUGCUUCGUGGACCGCUUCCACAGCGGUCCGUCCUACGCGCCCCUGCUGCACGUGCUCCUCCCGGUUCGUCGCCUAAACUCUAUCGUUCUCGUCCCGUGUGUGCUGUCUCGCACGAAGAGGUGGUCCUUCCACCUACCGGGCCCCUCUUUGCGGUGGCGUCUGCGGCAGCAGCAGCUGCAUCAAGCCGCACUGUAGCCGCAGACGUUGACCACCAACAGAGCGCCGUACCUACCACUCCCGCUUCCGCCGGGCACCAGCAUGUCCCCCCCAUGUGGUGCCCAUCGCUGUCACAGCGUGAAGUCCGGGUCGCUGGCAAACGCCGCCGCCUUGAUGACUUGGAAGCGGCGUUUCCUGACCUGGAUGAGCUCAUGGAUGACGCUAGUGUGGAUCUGGCCCACUGCUGGGUCGCGAUGAAGACAUGCACGGCAAGGAUAUCGUGCUUGCAGCUAGGGUACGGCACGAUCGACUCGAUGGGGGCCUCGUCAUCAUUCAGUGGACGCAGCAGCCAUCACUACGCCGCCGACUGGUGUGCGUAUAACCCCGGCUCCGGCAGUGCGACGACCGCUGACUCCCGCUGCAUCCGGUACUCGUGCCACGCGGUGGGGGCCACGUCACUGCGCGAUCGGGGCCGCGGCGGUUGCCCACCUUGUCACUGGCGAGACGACUGUUCCAGCGCCCACUGCCCGGCCUUCACUGCCAGCUGCACCUUGACGAGCGACGACACGGUGACUGCUGCGGAAGGUGCUCCGGCCCCUGUCCGUACGGCCCCGCCGCCUACGCCUGCACCACGUCCCGCAAGUCCGUCCCCAUCAGUGGAAGCGACGGCUGGUGUGGCCGAGACCGAGCCAUGGCUUCUGCGUUUCGACGGUGCAUGCCGGCAGAACCCUGGACCCGGGGGGCGCUGCAGUGAAACGAAUAACACUGCUGAGUACACAGCUCUGCUGGUGGGGGUCCAGAGCGCAGUCCACCAUGGUGCCACGCGAUUGCUCGUCGAAGGUGAUAGCAACCUGGUGCUGGCUCAGGUACGCGGAUCGCUCGGCUGCAACAACCGACGGCUUAGGCGCUUGCGAGGUCAAGUGCGAACGGAGUUGGCUCGCCUUGACUGGCACCAACUGCGGCAUAUCGACAGGAGCGCCAAUGCCCACGCCGACCGUCUUGCUAACCGUGCACUUGACCUCCGACGAACCGCCGUCGAGUGUGGACCUCAUUCUAGCGUCAUGGAUAGCUGCUUUAUCCUGGCUUCCUCUCCACCGGCUGCUACACCGGUAGAGCCAGGAAAUCCUGCUGAUGACUCUGGUGUCGAUGACAUGCUGGUGGACACAGUCAGUCUUGACAUUGAGGCCGAUAUUGCUGCUCGUGAUGGAGGUGAGGUCUUUCCAACCUUGCCUAUUGGCCCAGACUCAUCUCCUGCGCGGCAACCUCGGCUUCGAUUGCGUCCGUUGACCGAGGCGGAACAUGAUUCGGCUGCUGCUGCAGUGCAGCGGUUUGCCGAGGUCAUGGCUUGCAAGAUUGUGGACGCGGACAGUUGGAUUACAGGGGAAGGUUACAUCUAUGCUAUUCCUGACCGCCUUCGUGAAGUCCUUCUGCCGUACACCGUCGUCUCGGCUAGCUAUGCCAGGCCCAGAGCUACUCCGCCCCGCCAGCGACGACGUCGACCUCCACGUGUGACGCACACGCAACGAGAGCAUCGUCUCGAUGAGGCCCUGGACGACAUGCAGACGACCCAGCACACAAACCCGGGUAAUAGCCAAGCGGUGCAGAAGGCUCGCCGUCGUGUUGGAAGGAUCCGUGCAUCGAUAGCGCAGCUUGACUUGCGUCGAGCUUUCGCCACGGACGAAACCACGUGUGUGGGCAAGAUUUCGGACGGUGCCUCGGCGGAGACCGCGGGUGUCGAGCAUCCAGACACCUGCCCCAUCGGCAGAGAGGAGCUCCACCGUCAUUUUGUGGGCACGAGCACGGCCCCAGCUCCCUUCAACUACGAUGCUGCUGUCGGUUUGGAGGACCAGCUACGGCGGGCUGCCAAGGCAUCCAGCCCCGGGCACGAUGGGGUUGGCUAUGAUGUCUAUCGCCGGUUUGCCCUGCAGUUGGUGCCCCUUUUGCAUGCCGCGUAUCAGUUCUGUUGGCUGCAUCGGAUGGUGCCUUCGCUGUGGAAGGUGGGCAUCGUUUGCCUAAUCCACAAGAAGGGUGACCCGAUGCAGCCGACUAACUGGCGGCCCAUAUGUCUGCAGCCCGCUAUCUACAAACUCUACAGCGGGCUGCUGGCACGUCGGCUAUCGCGCUGGUUGGAAUUGAACAACCGGCUGCCGAUGGCUCAGAAGGGGUUUCGGGCGUUCAACGGUUGUCACGAGCACAACUUCGCGGCAACCACGAUGUUGGACCAGUCCCGACGGUCGCACCGGAAGUUGUACCAAGUGUGGUACGACUUACGCAACGCCUUUGGCUCGCUAACACAGGCACUCAUGUGGCAGGUGCUCUGCCGUCUUGGCGUCGAGCCCCGGUUUAUCAGCCGAUGCCAGGACAUUUACGAUGGGUCCGCCUUUGUGGUAGUGAAUGCAAAGGACGGUGCGACUGACCCAGUGAGGCAGGAAGUGGGGGUCUACCAGGGAUGUCCCUUGAGCCCACUCCUGUUUAUUGCUGCACUGGUACCUCUCGUACGACGCUUGGAACAGCUGGAGGAUGUCGGUGUGUCGCUGGCGGAUGGUGUACGGCCGUGCACCACCGCCUAUGCUGACGACAUCAAGGUGUUCAGCAACAGCGCCACUGGUAUCCAACGCUGUCAUGGCGUGGUCACGCGCUUCCUCGCUUGGACUGGGUUGCGUGCGAAUACGGCCAAGUGUGCUAGCCUCGCGGUUACCACCAAUGCCCGCGGCAACCUGGCUCUUGACGAUAGCGUUCGAUUGGAGCUUCAUGGUGAUAUCAUCUCCUCACUCGCCCUUAACGAGAGUUACCGGUACUUGGGGGUGGGCGAUGGCUUCGACCAUGUGCAGCACCGCCUCCAGCUUGAACCCAAGCUAAAACAGAUUAAGCGGGAGGCGGUAGCGCUGAUGCAGUCUAGCCUAGCGGAGUGGCAGGUGGUGAAGGCGUUGAAGACAUACGUAUACCCGAAGGUAGAAUACGACCUUCGCCACCUGCGCCCGCUACAUUCACAGCUCCAAGGCUUUGACUGCACCGUGAAGCGUGGAUUGCGGCAUCUGUUACGCCUGCCACAGUCCGCCACCACCGAGUUCUUCUACACACCUACUUCUGGUGGUGGGCUGGGCCUGCAGUCGCUGGUGGAGAUGCACCAAGCACUGCAGGUGGCACACGCGUGGCAGAUGUUGCAUUCGAAGGACCCCGCUAUCAUGGCGGUGGCACAAGCCCAAGUGUGUCAGGUGCUUGCGUCGUCUCCCCAUGCCAUUGCCAAUCGACGCUCGGGUGAUAUCGCUUCGUUAUGGGUGGACGUACAGCGAGUGUUAUGCGUCCACCAACUCAAGUUCUCUGACACCACUGCAGAGUCUGGACAAGAUCGUCUAGCACUUCGCGUGCCGCACCAUGACAAGUGGCUUGACCACAAGACUGUGUUGCGGCACGUAAAGUUGCACAUGAAGAUUCGCCACCAGACUCGGUGGAAGAGUCUGGCGGAUCAAGGCAAUACGGCCCGGGUACACGGUGGUCCCAGGUCCAAGUUUGUGAUGUCGGGAGCGGGCCUGUCCGAUGCUGAGCACCGUUUCGGCAUCCAGGCUCGCCUGAACCAAGUGGACACGAACUCGGUGCUCAAGCGACGCCGCUUGCGAGCCAACGCCCGCUGCCGGAAGCCGAACUGCUCGAGUGCCGAGACGCUGGCGCACGUUUUGAAUCAUUGUGCACCCAAUAUGGGUGCAAUACGCCAGCGUCACGAUAGUGCACUCGAGCAGAUUGGUGCCAAGAUUCGACAAGCACUCGUUCGCACCAAGUCCGGCGCAGAGCUACGCCUGAACCAGACAGUCCCCGAGUACACUGGUGCAGCUCUGCGCCCCGACAUCGUGUUGCGCGAUGUGGCCGCCAAGACCUUGUUUAUCGCUGACUUGGCAGUCACGUUUGAGAACCAUGCUGCUGGCGCUCGCCACUCCUCGCUUCACAGCAGCCAUGACUUCAAGGUGCUAAAGUACAAGCCAAUUGCGGAUGAGAUGAGGUUGAAGGGGUGGAGAGUGCAGUCUGCAGCACUGAAUUAUGGCACGCUGGGAUCGGUGUAUCCCAGCAACUUUAAGACCUACACGGAGAUGCUGCAUCUGCUCAAGCGUGAAGCCCGGCAGCUGGAUCUUCAGCUGUCGAGCCACUGCAUACGAUCAGGCCACAGGAUAUGGAGCGGGCAUUGUCGUCUUCACCGUGAUCUACAGCGCAGUGGUGGUGCCUCGGGAGCACCGCGUGGGUCUGGGGGGACCCCGCGGAGCAGAUCGCGGACACAGGUACGGCGAUAA